ACACACGCGGCGGCUCGGGAGGCGGCAGCAGAGGCAGCGGCAGAGCCAGGCGCCGCCGGGACGGGCAGGGGCGCGCGGGCUCCGCCAGGCGCCGGCCGCCUCCCUCAUUCGUUCGCUUGUUUUCCGACCCGCAGUGGGGCCGGGCUCGCCCCCGUGCACUCGAGAAGCCCGCAGCUGGCCGCGGCUCGCACGGGGCAGGGGCGCGCUCCGCGAGGGUGGGGGCGCUGGGUGCGGGCGUGCGCGGCGGGGGGCGCCUGGCCUUCCGCUCUAGGCGGCCCGGGUCCCUAUGAGACACGUCUGUGCGGGGCGCGAGAUCCAAAGCUCGGUCGGCGCGCGGCAGGGGCGGAGGGCUGUGCAGCAGCGGCCGGAGCCAGGCGGCGGCCGGCAGGAGGCGGCGGCUGCGAGAACUUGAACUUGGCGACCGGUGCCCCGCACGCCCCCCACCGGGGCAGGGGCGUUGCGGGACUGGGCGACAGCGUUGUCCCCCGAAUGGCCGCGGCGGCGGACCGGGCUCGCGCGCCGCGGCCCUAGGCGGCCCUUCGCCAUGGCCAAGUGGCUGAACAAGUACUUCAGCUUGGGCAACAGCAAGACUAAGAGUCCGCCGCAGCCGCCGAGGCCGGACUACCGGGAGCAGCGGCGCCGGGGCGAGCGACGAGAGCAGCCCCCGCAGGCCGUGCCGCAGGCCUGCUCGGCGUCCUCGGCGUCCUGUGGGUCGGCCGCCGCCUGCUUCUCGGCCUCGUCGGGCUCUCUGCCCGACGACAGCGGCAGCACGAGUGACCUCAUCCGCGCCUACCGCGCGCAGAAGGAGCGCGACUUCGAGGACCCGUACAACGGGCCGGGCUCGUCGCUGCGCAAACUGCGAGCUAUGUGCCGCCUGGACUACUGCGGCGGCGGCGGCGGCGGGGACCCCGGCGGGGGCCAGCGCGCCUUCACGGCGGCAGCGGGAGCUGCGGGCUGCUGCUGCGCGGCGGCGGGAGCGGGCGCCGCCGCGUCCUCGUCCUCAUCCUCCGGCUCCCCGCACCUCUACCGCAGCAGCAGCGAGCGGCGGCCGACGACGCCGGCGGAGGUGCGCUACAUCUCCCCUAAGCACCGACUCAUCAAAGUGGAGAGCGCGAGCGCUGCGGGGGACCCUCCGGGAGGCGUGUGCUCUGGCGGCCGUACCUGGAGCCCGACGACCUGCGGAGGCAAAAAACUGCUCAACAAGUGCUCCGCCGAGGAGACCGGAGCUGGUCAGAAAGAUAAGGUGACCAUAGCUGAUGACUACUCCGAUCCCUUUGAUGCCAAGAGCGACCUCAAGAGCAAAGCAGGAAAGGGUGAGAGCGCUGGCUACAUGGAGCCCUACGAAGCCCAGAGGAUCAUGACAGAAUUCCAGAGGCAAGAGAGCGUCCGGUCACAGCACAAAGGCAUCCAGUUGUACGACACCCCGUACGAGCCGGAAGGCCAGAGCGUGGACUCAGACUCAGAGAGCACUGUGAGCCUUCGGCUGCGGGAGAGCAAGCUACCCCAGGAUGACGACAGGCCUGCUGAUGAGUACGACCAGCCGUGGGAAUGGAACCGGGUCACCAUCCCCGCCCUGGCAGCCCAGUUUAACGGCAAUGAAAAGCGGCAGUCCUCCCCAUCACCUUCUCGGGACCGACGGCGCCAGCUCCGUGCCCCGGGAGGAGGCUUCAAGCCCAUCAAGCACGGGAGCCCCGAGUUCUGUGGGAUUCUGGGGGAGAGAGUGGAUCCCACCAUCCCACUGGAGAAACAGAUAUGGUAUCACGGGGCCAUCAGCAGAAGUGAUGCUGAGAACCUGCUGCGACUCUGUAAGGAGUGCAGCUACCUUGUCCGGAACAGCCAGACCAGCAAACAUGACUACUCCCUCUCCCUGAAGAGUAACCAGGGCUUCAUGCACAUGAAACUGGCCAAGACCAAAGAGAAGUAUGUUCUGGGUCAGAACAGCCCCCCUUUUGACAGCGUCCCGGAAGUCAUCCACUACUACACCACCAGGAAGCUGCCCAUCAAAGGGGCCGAGCACUUGUCCCUCCUCUACCCAGUGGCUGUGCGGACUCUGUGAAAAGACCAGCCUCACCCUGCUCUGAGACCAAGCCUGUUCCUUGGAGGAGCUGGCAGGGCACCGACCAGCUGUCUGUGCUGCCAGCAGUGUCCAGUGUGUGUUGUGUGUAUGGUACUAGCACACCACUGCAUGUCUUAGAAUGCUGUCGCCACUUACAGGGUUGGAGAAGGCCUGGAUGAAGAGGGCAGCCCGCGGCCACACCACCCCAGCCCCUACCCCACCCCCUCCUCGAGUUUCUGUGAAUUAAAGUCUUUGCAAUCCAAAGAGAUGCCUUCCAGGGUGAACAAAAGUGGAGCUGCUCCAGCGGUGGGCGGGGCCCAGCAGUGGGUGGGGCCCAGCGGUAGGUGGGGCGGAGCUCUGGCCUGUAUCUCUUUGUUUUCCAGUUGUCAGGAACUCACCUGUGUAUGGGCAAGGUUUUUCCCAUUGGUGCUGGGAGCCCAGGAGGCCCUGGGAGCCACCCCAUCUGGUCUGUGUCUGUGUCACUGGGUGUGCAUAUUGAGUGUACACAAAAGAGACCAUGUCAUAAGCCAGAGUAAGCCCCCAUCUCCUUUUAGAUGUACACUCUGUAACCGUUAGAUGUCAAGGAACAAUUGUGCAGACAAAGAGGAUGCAAUUAUUUAUGAAUAUGAUAGGGUGUGUAAAUAAAAUAGUCAUUUAAUAUA